AACAGACUGAAAUUCGCCCAAAAUUAAGCAUGCAGAGAAACGUAAUGUAUGCGUGACGUUUUCGAUCGAAGAUGGUGUUCUAGUGGCGGGAGGGUACUUUAGCCAGCGCUACCUAUAGCUACACUGUAAAAUUACAGAGUAAAUACAACCCUUAAUGGCUUUCUAGUCAUUUUGUGGUGUAUGAUACAUAUAGUAUUGUAUAGUGGAAACAAUCCACUAACUAUAGGUUUUUGUGAUUUUCUGGGAUAGCCACUUUAAAUGUUUAUUAUUAUUCUUAUUUUAAAUAUUAUAGAAUAGAAUUUCUAAAUUUUACAUCUACGUCAAAAAUAACAGAUGAUGCAAUGGAACCCUUCGCAAUUUUGGAGAAAAUUCAAAGAUCUCUGGAGUGUCGAAAUUUUCCUGACCUUAACUUUAAACCCAAACAAGUCAAGUGCUUGGAGUCCAUAGUAAGAGGACAGGAUGUCAUUGGGGUGUUUCCAACAGGAUAUGGGAAAUCUUUAAUUUUUCAACUGUUACCAGAUGUCAUGAGAAACAAAGACGAAAAAUCUUCAAUUGUCAUUGUAAUCACUUGUUUAAACGCAAUUAUGGAAGAUCAAGUGAAUUUUCUGAAAAAAGUAGGAAUGACUUGCUACAUCCUACGUGACUUAAAUUUUGAGGAGAAUGCUGUACAGACGUUGUUUGAGGAUAUCUGUCUGAGUGAUAAAACAGAAGAUGUCUUACCAUCAUUUGUAUUGGAUGGUCAUUGUGACUUCCUAUUUUGCCAUCCAGAGGCUAUAUUGAGUGAGAGAGGAAGAACUUUGAUGAAAACGAAAAUUUAUCAAAAAAAUGUCAAAGCUUGUGUCAUUGAUGAGGCUCACUGCUUGGACACCUGCAUAAUUUAAAAAAGCCGUAUACGC